AUGCUACGCUGCCAUGCCCCCGCCCGGCACCACCACCGCGCUCACCGCCAGCCCCACGCUGCCAAUGCUGCGUUGCAGGGCGGCGAGGACGACAUUGACGCCGUGCUGGCAAAAUUUAAGCUUGACGACGAGCGGCACACGCGGGUGGAGGUCAAGGAGAACUGCCCCGCGCCCUCGCCCCGCGACAACCUUGUCUUGCUGUAUGGCGGGGAAUGGUAUACAACUGACAGGAUGCACGUCUACUCCGAUUUGUUCGUGCUGAAUGUGGAGAAACUCAGCUGGAAGCAGGUCGUGAGCCCCAGUGGGCCACUGCCGCGCACCAGCCACCAGGCGGUGUGCACUCGAACGGCGCUGUGGGUGUGGGGCGGCGAGUUCACCUCUCUCAACCAGGAGAAGUUCCGGCACUACCGCGACCUGUGGCGCCUCAACCUCGCCGACUGGACCUGGGAGCAGAUACCCAGCAAGGGCGGGCCGAGCCCCCGGAGCGGCCACCGCAUGGCACUGCAUGGCAAGCGCAUUCUCCUCUUUGGCGGCUUCUUUGACAACGGCAAGGAGACCAAGUACUACAAUGAUGCUUGGAGUUUCUGCACAGAGGAGCUAAAGUGGACGUCUCUGGGGCCCAAACCCGGGCAUACUGCGCCGGCGCCGCGCGGCGGCUGCCAGCUGGCACUCAACGGCGACCAGCUGUUCAUAUUCGGCGGUUACAGCGUGAAAAAGACGGAGGAGGACAAGGGUGCGCGAGCGGCGUGGUGGGCAGCAUUUUGGUGCCUCGAUCUCAAGAGUUUGGAGUUUGAACGGGUCAAAAAGCAAGGCAUGGUUCCAAACCCUCGCACGGCCUUUGGCAUGGUGACGCACCGCAAGCGGGCCGUGCUGUUUGGCGGCAUUCUGGAUCAGGAGGGCAAGGGUGAUAGACUGUACUCAACGCUGUAUAAUGACAUGUACGCUUUCAAUCUAGAGAACAGGCGCUGG